GCGAAACACAAGCUCACGCCGCCUCUCUCUCUCUCUCUCCCCACUUCGCUUUGCCGCUUAGUCGCCGCCAGCCUCGCCGUCGCCACCUUGCCCAUCGCCUCCUCGCCGCCGCCGUCGUCCUUAAGUUAUUAAGAUGCCAAUGGAGAUUGGUGAUAAAGAUGAUUCAGUGGAGAUGCUGAAGAAUAUUCAUAUCUCUUCCUACGAUGAUGACAGGGAUGAUGAUGCAGAUCCAGAAGAAGUGGAGGAUCUGAUGAAUGAUGAUGAUGAUGAUGAUGAGGAUGACGAUGAAGUGCAAAAACCGGUAACUCUAGGAUUUGUAGAGAAGCCAAAAAAUGAAUGGUCCCUGCUUCGUCAACUCUUCCCUAGCAAAGCUGGUGGGGCACCGGCUUGGUUGGAUCCAGAUAAUCUACCAUCUGGUAGGUCUCGUCUUUGCGAUAUAUGUGAACAACCCUUGCAAUUUUUGCUUCAGGUAUAUGCACCGACCUCUGAUAGAGAAUCCACAUUUCAUCGUACAUUGUAUUUGUUCACGUGUCCAUCAAUGUCUUGUCUUCUUCGUGAUCAACAUGAACAAUGGAGGCGACCUGCAGUAAAUGCAUCUCGAAGUGUGAAAGUUUUUCGUUGCCAAUUGCCUCGUGACAAUCCCUUCUACUUAAGUGAAGCCCCACGACAUGAUGGGAGUGACAAACCUUUAGGGAGUGGAGCUCCACUUUGUAACUGGUGUGGAACAUGGAAAGGAGAUAAAAUUUGUGGUAGCUGCAGAGAGGCACGAUACUGCUCUGAAAAACAUCAGGCCAUGCAUUGGCGCUCAGGUCAUAAAGUCAUGUGCCAAAAUAGUAGUAGAAAUGCAGGAAACUCAUCAGCAGAAGACCACAAACCUGCAAGCAGGAGUCUAUGGCCUGAACAUGAGAUUGUCAAUGAGGAUGAGGCUGAAUAUGAUGUCGAUGUGUCUGCUGAUUUGGAUAAUACCAAUUGUCUGGUAUCCAGAAAUCAGAUGGAUGACUCAAUAAAUUCACUUGUUAAGAGUUUCCAGGGUGACAGUGACAGGAGGAGUUGGGGCAACUUUCAAGAACGUGUUGCCAGAGCGCCUGAGCAAGUUUUAAGGUACUGUCGAAAUGUAUGCUCUAAGCCCUUGUGGCCAAUUUCAAGUGGUCAGCCAUCAGCAGCUGAUAUUCCCAAUUGCAGCUAUUGUGGAAAGCCCCGGUGUUUCGAAUUUCAGGUCUUGCCUCAGCUACUUUACUUUUUCGGCGUGAAGAAUGAUGUGGAUUCACUCGACUGGGCUACUAUAGCUGUUUAUUCCUGUGAAGCGUCUUGCGAUGGGGCUGCGAGUUACAAGGAAGAAUUUGCUUGGGUGCAAGUUUCAUCCCCAUCUCAAGCGGUACCUUGAAAAUUCUUGUACUUUAUUCAGCUCCUCUGACCAAAGGGUUUCUAUAAUUCUCCCCGUCCUCCUGCCUCCUUUUGAUGAUCGUUUCCGGUAGAGUUGUGUUGUAACUUCUUGAAGUUACUAAAAAUUUUGGGGUCUUAGGUCAAUAGGAUAUGUAGUCUUUUGCAUUUGCUUGUUACUUUUAUAUAUUUGGUUAUUUAAUUAUAUUAUUUUAAAGUUUUAAAAUUUGAUUGGA